UCGGAGGAGCGGACACAAACCGGCCUGACCGCUCCUCAGAUGAACCUAACCCGCAGCAGGUGAUAAUGUCUGCCCCGUGCAUGUUCUCGCACAAUUUUAUUCCCUGAGACUCUACUUUUUUUUUUUUUUUUUUUUUUUUUAACCGAAGAUAUUUGGUGAUAAUGACGAAAUAAACCCCAUCCUGAUCACUCAAACUGUACAAACUGUCUCAAACCCUACGGGCUGUUGAACUCAAACGCCUUCAAACCCACAGCUUUGCCCAAAGUUAAAAGUGAGACUUUACUGACCCUGCCUUUCCAAAAAAGACGGUUCCACCUUUUGCCCUUAUUUGCUUUAUCAAAUGCCCAAAAACAGCAAAGCCGUCAAGAGAGAGCUUGACGAUGAUGUCACAGAGUCUGUCAAAGACCUGCUGUCCAAUGAGGAUGCCUGUGAUGAUUCCUUCAAGAAGACCUCACUGAUUGUUAACAACCAUGAGGUGGAGGGGAAAGAGUGUGACAUGGAGGAGGAAGGCUCAGGCAGUGAGGAGGAACGUCCAGCCUGGAACAGCAAGCUGCAGUACAUCCUGGCCCAGGUCGGCUUCUCUGUAGGCCUGGGCAACGUCUGGCGGUUCCCAUACCUGUGCCAGAAGAAUGGAGGGGGAGCGUACUUGCUGCCCUAUCUCAUCCUGUUGGUAUUGAUUGGCAUCCCACUGUUCUUCCUGGAGCUUGCUGUUGGACAACGGAUCCGGCGCGGCAGCAUCGGGGUGUGGAACUACAUUAGCCCUCGGCUGGGGGGCAUUGGCAUCACCAGCUGUGUGGUGUGUUUUUUCGUGGCUCUGUACUAUAAUGUCAUCAUCGGCUGGAGUCUCUUCUACUUCUCCCAGUCCUUCCAGCACCCUCUACCUUGGCAUGAGUGCCCACUUGUCAAGAACAAAACCAGUACAUAUGUUGUGCCCGAAUGUGAGAAGAGCUCAGCCACGACCUACUACUGGUACCGUGAGGCUCUGAACAUCUCUAACAGCAUCUCUGAGAGUGGAGGACUGAACUGGAAGAUGGCUGUGUGCCUCCUGGCUGCAUGGGCCUUGGUUUGUCUCGCAAUGAUAAAAGGAAUCCAGUCAUCAGGGAAGGUGAUGUACUUCAGCUCGGUGUUCCCAUACGUCGUCCUAAUAUGCUUCCUGGUUCGAGCUCUUCUCCUUAAGGGCUCACUCGACGGGAUUCAACACAUGUUCACACCAAAGUUGGAGAUCUGGCAAUCCCAAGUGUGGCGAGAGGCAGCCACGCAGGUUUCUUCGGCCCUGGGCCUCGGCUUCGGCGGUGUCAUCGCCUUCUCCAGCUACAACAAGCGGGACAACAACUGCCACUUUGAUGCAGUUUUGGUGUCUUUUAUUAAUUUCUUCACCUCAGUUCUGGCCACCCUGGUGGUGUUUGCAGUGCUCGGCUUCAAAGCCAACAUCAUGAACAGCAAAUGUGUUUUACAGAACACCAACAAGAUUGUAUCAUUGUUGGGAAGAGGAAUUGAAGGAAGCCUGAUCCCCCACCACAUCAACCUCACUGACAUUAGUCUGAUCAGCACUGAGGACUACCAUCAGAUGAUAGGGAUCAUCAAAGACGUGAAGGAGGAUCACUACCCGAGCCUAGGGCUGGACCCCUGCAACAUUGAGGAUGAACUUAAUAAGGCCGUCCAAGGUACAGGUUUGGCCUUCAUUGCCUUCACAGAGGCCAUGACCCACUUCCCGGCCUCGCCUUUCUGGUCCGUCAUGUUCUUCCUCAUGCUGGUUAACCUCGGCCUGGGCAGCAUGUUCGGUACUAUCGAGGGCAUCCUCACACCGAUGAUGGACUCGUUCAAAGUCCGAAAGGAGUUUCUUACAGUGGGAUGCUGCGUGCUGGCCUUCUCCAUCGGACUCAUAUUUGUCCAGCGCUCAGGGAAUUACUUUGUGACCAUGUUUGACGACUACUCAGCCACCAUGCCUCUGCUCAUCGUGGUCUUCCUGGAGAAUGUGGCCAUCGCGUGGGUCUACGGGAUAGAUCGAUUCUUUGAAGACCUGAAGGACAUGUUGGGCUUUGCACCGCAUCGGUUCUACUACUACAUGUGGAAGUACAUCACGCCCAUCCUGCUGGUGGUCCUGCUGUGCGCCAGCUUCGUGCAGCUGAUCAUGACGCCGCCCAGCUACAGUGCCUGGAUACAGGAAACGGCCACUGAGACAACUGUGCCCUUCCCGCUGUGGGGUAUCAUCGUCUGCAUCUCCCUGGUGGUGAUGGCCAUCCUGCCUGUUCCCGUCAUCUUUGGGCUGCGCUUCUUCAACAUCAUCGAUGAAAACCCGAACGACCUCUCUAGCGUGUCCUACAAGAAGGGCCGCAUCAUUAAGGAAACACCCAGGCCUGGAGAGGACGAUGACACCAGCCUGAUCCAAGGCAGGUCACCCAGUGAAGAGCCCUCGUCGAUGUCUGGCAACAGCAUCUACCGCAAGCACAGCAGUGGUGGCAGUGGCCCCGAUGCAAACACUGCACCAAAUGGCCGUUACGGUAUUGGUUAUUUAAUGGCCGACAUGCCGGACAUGCCUGAGUCAGACUUAUAGAAUGACUAUAAUUGUAACCCCC